AUGCCAUCACAUGCGUAUGGACGGAGUGGAAAUGGUCAUAAUGGCUCAAAUGAGAAAUCAAGUCGUGAUCCUGUUCCUGAACCACCACCAGCGCCUCCGAUUAUUAUUUUGUCCGAAAAUAGCAGCGGGAGUGGACCUCAGCCUCAAGAACGGGACCCGGUAUCGUGUCCGCCACACCCAAAUACGUCAUCAGCACGGACCCCUUCUUCGAUACCAGAAAACGGUUCUACAUUCACAUCGUCAAAGCCAAAGCCAAAACCUGAGCCUGAACCACAUCCAGCACCACCUGUAAUUAUCCUCUCGCGCACCGAACGCUCGACCCCCACCUAUCCAUCAGCUCCUUCUCCUCCUUCACCACCUUCACAAAUCCUCAACAGCCCUGUGGACGGUACCCGCGAGAUCACAGCCCCCGGCUCUACGACCAAAAGCCAUACAAUGGGCUCCAAAGCUAGCAAACUCGCGCCCCAAAACGGCAAAUUGCAGUCAUCGCAGGACAAGAAGGACAAGGACGAGAUGAAGGAGCCGACAAAUUACUACACACACAGGAGUAAGAGCAUGAGAAGAAAGGCUGGCAAGGAAGCCAACAGUGAUGGAGCAGGUGGUUCGGCCGGAAGCUCUGGCGGUGGUGCUGGAGGGAUGGCAUAA